AUGACAGAUCAUUUUGCUCUAGGUCUAGGUGCUCUUCUUCUGUUGCUGCUAAGUACCAGUUGUUUCAGUUCUGAGCUUGAUGUCCAAUGCUUGAGAGACGUUCAGAAAUCAGUGAUUGAUCCAAAUGGUAUACUCAAGUCGUCAUGGAUUUUUGAUAAUGGCACUGCGGGUUUCAUAUGCAAAUUUACUGGUGUGGAGUGCUGGCACCCAGAUGAGAAUCGAGUUCUUGCAUUGCGUCUCAGCAACCUUGGUCUUCAAGGUCCAUUCCCUAAAGGUCUUAAGAAUUGUACCAGUAUGACUGGGCUGGAUCUGUCAAGUAACAACUUUACAGGCGCCAUCCCUUCAGACAUCGAGCAGCAAGUGCCAUAUUUGACAUCUCUGGACCUCUCCUAUAAUGGUUUCUCAGGAGGAAUUCCAAUACUUAUUUAUAACAUUACAUACCUAAACACCCUUAAUCUUCAACAUAACCAAUUGAGUGGUGAAAUCCCUGGGCAGCUCAGCGCCCUUGCUCGGUUACAAGUGUUCAAUGUUGCUGACAACCGACUAUCAGGGACUAUUCCAAGUUCUCUACGGAACUUCUCGGUAUCAAACUUUGCUGGUAAUGAAGGACUGUGUGGGCCUCCAUUAGGUGACUGCCAAGCUUCAGCAAAGAGCAAGAGCACUGCAGCAAUCAUCGGGGCUGUUAUUGGAGUGGUAGUUGUCGUCAUUAUUGGUGCAAUAGUUGUGUUCUUUUGCCUGCGGAGGAUACCAGCCAAGAAGAAGGCAAAGGAUGAGGAUGAUAAUAAGUGGGCAAAGAGUAUCAAAGGAACAAAAACUAUCAAGGCAAGUCAUUAA